GACCUUAUAUCCAAUAAAUUAAUAUCUAAGGCACUUUGGGGAAUUGCAGGAAUUGCACUCCUUGGCAAUCUAGUCAUCAUUGCUAUCAAAGUACUGAAAUACAGGAACCAGCCCGAAUCUGUCCUAGGAUUACUCUCUCAAAAUCUUAGUGUCGCUAAUCUGUUGCUAUCAUCGUACGUAUUCAUCAUCGGUAGCGCUGAUAUCGCUUAUCACGAUCACUAUGCAAAAUAUUCCGAAUUAUGGCUAAAAGGACCAUUUUGUUCAUUAUCCUGCAUAUUGGCUAGCAUGUCCAGCUUAAUUUCAUCGGCUGUAAUUAUUUUUAUGACCGUAGAUCGCUUCAUCAGUAUAGUUAUUCCUCACAAGACCAACUUAAUUCAACCAAAAAAAGCAAAAUACAUCAUCGAUAGAACUUGGAUAGUUGUCUUUAUAUUUGUUACUAUUCCAAAUUUGUUCAGUAUAAAUGCUGAAGGCGAUGCAAGAAUUUAUGGAUAUGUCGGCAUCUGCCUGCCAGUCAAUUAUGAU